ACUAAUUCCUCUAUAUUUAGCCAUCUAUAUGCAAGCCGUAACCUUACCCUCUAAGCGUAAGACGUCAGUCAUAACCGUACGUAAGCGUAGACAUGCAGGUUUCUUUUGAGAAACGGCAACAUUAGAAGUGUCAUCUUAAUAUAAGCUGAAGCUAGAUUGGGGGCAGCAGAGUUCUUAUAGGUCUUGUAAUCCAAUAUCAAUACUGAUAAUCCUUGAGCCAUGUGUAAAAUAUGAAGCACGACUGAGGGAAAGGCUGAAAUUUCUCGAUAUACCUAGAUGCGGCUUCGAAUUAAUCUGUUUAAAGAUGCGGGACUAUUCAAUUGAUAUCUUGAUAAAUACGUAAACCCUUCUCCUAGAAGUUCAGUCGUUUCUUCUUGUAUCUACUCACCAAGCUUAGUUGUAUGCAGAAACUUAUAUAUUUGAAAGCACCCGCGCAUUGAUGAUGGAUCAUUACCACAAGAGCCACUUCUAUAACACCUCCCAUCCGAGCCCAUCACCAGAGAGCUAUAACCUUGAUGAAAACGACGUCGACAUUUUUGAACCUACAUUACAAGAGUCCCUAGUUCUAGAGCCCGACCACCCAUUAGCACGAGUAGUUGAUGAGCUUAAACUAUCCGCUCUAAAUGAGUUCUAUAUUGAGAAGAAUCGGCCUGAGACGUUCAUCCAGAGGAACUUAGGCAUGGAGCAGAGAGACGGUAACUUUCGAGGCUCCAGACCAAGAGACACCCAAUUCCCUUUGAAACGACAGUUUGCAUGUCCAUUCUACCGAUGGGAUCCAAUGAAACAUAUGUCAUGUUUCACGAGAUUGAGCCUCCGAGGGAUUGCAAGUGUCAAACAGCACCUCUGGAAUGCCCAUAUGCUGCCGCCUUAUUGUCCAAUGUGCGGCAAAACCUUCCCUACAAUGACUCGUUGCGAUAGUCAUAUUCGACACCGAAGGUGUGGCCCACGGGAGGCGUCGACGCCCGAGGGCAUAACCAUACAACAGUUUCAGCAGCUAGUUCAACCUACUGACACUCGGAUGCCCGAGGAACUGCAAUGGCUAUCCAUCUGGACAAUCGUUUUCCCCGGAGCAGACUUGCCAGCCGUAACUUAUCCUUCGGGCGCCAUAGAGUCUACAGUUUGCCAAUUUCGAGAUUACUGGGCGUACAAUGGAGAAAGGCUUAUGUCUGCCUUUCUCGAGGCGAAGGGCUUCCAAAAUUAUAAUCUACAAGAUGAGGACCACAGUUUCGCAUCAUUGUACACCACCGUCCUCUACCAAGCAACCGACUACCUAGUUGAGAGUAUAUCGCACGAAAAUUCCAACGAAACCAUUGGAGGCUUAAACAGCUCUUAGCACAAUCAACUCUCUAAGAUAUCCUAUUUAGGGAUCAACAUGAGACUGUAUAAUAUAACUCGUGCUUUGGGAAGAGCGGCAUAAUCGGAUCUGCAUCACUUGGGUUUGAUUAUUCGCCCUUUAUAUUUCUUUAUGUUACAUCAGGUGCUCCAGCCUUCCAGGAAGACAUGUAAGAAAAGAAUGCAUUCAACGAUUUUAGAGUGGUGACGGACAAUACGGAAACGGUGCAUUUGAUUUUGCAAGGACGGGAUCGAUCGUAGGUGAUUAGCAUUUUACAGGUAGCCCAAGGUCGAUUUUCUACACUCGCUCUUGUACAUUAGAAAUUCAUUCUACUUCGUU